GCUUGUCACCAACCUGUCACACUGUGAUAUUACGCAUGUUUGUUGAGUUGCCUUGUGUCACUGCGUGUUUUAUUUUGUGGUGUUUUUCUUACAAUUCACAUGGAAUCCAAAGUUAUCAGAGACAACAAUCUCACAAACUAAACUCAUUACUCACGAGGACUAAGCAAAAUUCGUAGUUAUUUCUUGGAUUUCACAUUUCCGAUUUAGUUGCGUCGUUUAUUCACUGCAUAAACUUUUUUAAUUUUUUACUGGUAAUGGACUUAAUGAAGUGCUGAAGUGAAUAUUCUAAAUAAUAAUUCUUGUGUGUAAAGUUAAGUAAAUAAGUCAAAAUGCAGGGCAAAUAUAUUAUUAUAUUGUCGUUUUUAAGUGCAGUAUCGAUAGUUUACGCUUGCAACGAAGCGAUAUGCGCCAGUGUCGUAUCCAAGUGCAUGCUAACACAAUCUUGUAAAUGCGACCUGAAGGAUUGCUCUUGUUGCAAAGACUGUUUUAACUGCCUCAGUUAUUUGUACAGCGAAUGCUGCAGCUGUGUUGACAUGUGUCCUAAGCCCAAUGACACACAAACUGAGCUUUCCAAGUCGUCCUACGUGGAAGAGUUACCUGACAAUGUUCCCGGACUAUUCACUGCAUUGACAAGCGAUCCGGAUCCUCAACAGAGAUGGUUGUCCAUAACAUAUCCUGUGGACAUUGACCUGUCUGCGUACCGACCAAAUCCUGAGCUUGUGUACCACUUGCAGAGCGUGGAGCAAGAAUCCGAGCCCGUUAGCCGCGACAUAGUGACGUUCAACUGCACGGUCGCGUACAUGUCGCAAUGCAUGUCGUGCGACAAGUGCCGCGCCUCCUGCCGCUCCAUGGGCUCCAACAGUUUCCGAUGGUUCCACGACGGCUGCUGCGAGUGCGUUGGCGAUAAAUGUCUCUACUACGGCAUCACUGAGAGCAGAUGCCUCGCUUGUCCCGGUGGUAAGGAGACACCAGAAGGUGCCAUAACCGACGACUUAUCGUACGACGACCUCGACUAUGGAGAGGAGGUCGAUGCGCAGUCCGUAUAAAUGUCCUUUUACGUUGAAACCUUCGAUCAAUAAUAAUAUACCUGUUAUAUAUAACAUACACAGAU